UCGUCAUUUCUAAUUUGACAUAACAUUUUUGUUUGUUUUAUUGUUGAACUACAACAGAGUAAACUGAAAUUAAAUGUUUAAAUUAAAUGUAAAUGAAUUAGAUUUUUUUCCUGUAAAUGCGCAAUUCAAGGUGCAGCACCGCGUGCUUUGCGACACUUGACGUCAAUUAACGUCAACAAAUUAAACGCAAUAAUGGAGAAAUCAAGGCAGUGGCACACAGACAAGAGAAAUUUUAAAAAAAUUGGCAAGAUGAGUUUUUAUUCACGGAGGUCAAAUCAAAGGCAGUAUGUCUAGUUUGCAAACAGUCUGUUGCUGUUUUAAAAGAGUACAAUAUCCGUCGUCAUUAUGAAACAAAACAUUCUGCAGCUUUCUCAAAGCACAGCGGCGAGGCGCGAAAACAGAAGGCUAACGAGCUGCUUGCUGAACUUCGAUAUGAACAGAGCGCGCUGCUACGUCCCUCAUCAGCACAAGAAAGCAGCACACGGGCCAGCUAUCAGAUUUCCGCUCUAAUUGCUAAAAGUGGAAGAGCCUUCGCUACUGGAGAGUUCAUCAAGGAAUGUCUUGCUGUGGCUGCAGAAGCAGUUUGUCCUUCUCAGGUACGAAUGUUCUCACAAAUUAGCCUGUCAAGAAAUACUGUUACCCGACGCAUAGAGGACAUGGCUCAAGACAUCGGCGAGCAAAUCAAGACAAAGGCAAGUGCGUUCUCUGCCUAUUCAAUAGCCUGCGACGAGAGCACCGACAUAUCCGAUUCCGCACAGCUGUUGGUAUUUUUGCGUGGAGUAAAUUAUACUUUUGAUGUGACACAAGAGCUGGCUGGCAUUGAGACCCUUUCUGGUACUACUAAAGGAGAAGAUCUCUUUUUUGCUGUUGAGAGAGUGUUGGAAAAAAAUGAAUUAAAGUGGGAGAAGAUGGCCGGCAUUACAACUGACGGAGCUGUUAUGGUAGGGAGGAAAUCUGGCCUUGCUACAUUUGUGUCUCAGAAAGUCAGGGAAUGUGGAGGAAAAGUUGUUAGGUACCACUGCAUUUUACAUCAAGAACAACUAUGUGCUAAAUCUGUCGGGCUUGUGGAUGUGAUGCGUGACGUCGUCAAAAUUGUCAACAAUAUACGCUCCAAGGCGCUUUCUCACCGACAGUUCAAGACACUGAUGGAUGAGAUGGAUGCGCAAUAUGGUGAUGUGUUGUACCACCAGGAGGUCAGAUGGCUCAGCCGUGGAAAAGUUCUCAGGAGAUUUUUUGAUCUGCGUGAUGAGAUCAGAGUUUUUCAGGAAAGCAAUUAUGGUAAUAUUCAAGUGCCUACUGAUAAGAAAUGGCUCUCUGACCUGGCUUUCCUUGUGGAUGUAACUGAGAUGCUCAAUAUUUUGAAUGUUCAGCUCCAGGGAAAGGACCAGAUUAUCACCCAGCUUUUUGAUCACGUCAGAGCCUUCAAACAAAAACUGCUGCUGCUCAGAAGACAUCUCUCAGCAGGAAAUUUAGCCCAUUUUCCCUGUCUUGGAGAGGUAGGCAUGGUGAAAGAGAAGGUCCAUGAGUGUGAUGCUGUUCUCAGCAACCUUAUCCAGGAGUUUGACAGUCGCUUUGAGGACUUCAGACACAACACUGCUGACUUUGAGUUGUUUGCUCAACCCUUCACCAUCAGUGUGGAUGCAGUCAGAGAUGAUCUUCAGAUGGAACUAAUUGAGCUUCAGUGUGAUUCAGAACUGAAACACAAGUUCACAUCCCUUCCCUUGACAGACUUCUACAAAUGUGUCCCAGCAAACAGGUACUCAAAGAUAUGUAAGCAGGCACAAGUGAUGCUGUCUCUGUUUGGCAGUACCUACCUCUGCGAGCAGACUUUCAGUCUGAUGAACUUGAACAAGAGUAAACUCAUAAGCAAAAUAACUGACUCUCACCUACAUAAUAUCUUGUCUUUGUCUGUAAGUCAGCUACAGCCCAAUCUUGAAAAACUUCUGAAAAAUAAGGACCAGCUUCAUAUCUCUCAUUAUGUCAAUGACAUUGCAACCACAUGGUUUUUAUUAUUGCUUGUGUAUUUGGCAUUGAACUGUAUUGUACAUUGAACA